AUGACACAUUUUGGCGAAAUUAAGUAUGAUUUUCCAUUAAAAAAUGUUUUUAAAAUGUUGAAAAUCUGCAAAAAUCGCAUUUGGGCAGAAAAGGUGCGCCAGUGUCAACCUGUUUGUAUUUCGUUUUGGCUUGGAAAAUUAACAAUAAAAUGUUUUGAAAUUCGUUCAGAGGAAUAUAUUUGGCUUCUCUGGUCUAUACAGAAGGAAAAGUGUUGUGCACGGUGGAUGAUUGUUUGCCAAUUUUACAAAUUGAUGAAAAUGUAACAUCAAUCUCUAAAGAUGAUCAUCACUGGCUUAUUAAAAUGUCAAUGUGUUGGGAUAGAAAGAAUAAUUUGAUGGAAACAAAUCCCAGUGCUUUUUCAAAUAAUAUUGCGUUGAGGUAUGCGGAUAUUUUCGAGCAGACAAACAAUGAAAAAUUGAUUCUUGAUUUACAAAAAUAUUGACAACAACAUUUUUUUGUGAAAAAUCAUGAAACAGUGACGUUUUCGUAUCAAGCUAAAUUCUGCGGGAAACACCUAGACUUGUUUUUUCACGAUGAGAAUGUCACUUGUCUGGAAUUCAGAAAGGAAACUAGGGGUUCUUUGAUGAUUUUUGAAAAAUCAUGGAGUUAGGGUAUUGGUCUUUUGACGGUGUUGGGGAAAAAAUAGGUCUGAAAAAAGAAUGAAUAAAGUCAAAUACUGAAAUAAGAAAUUCAUCUUUUUGCAAAAGCUCUUGAAGCAAAAAAUACUAAAACAAUUAUCAUGUUGAAUUUCUCAAAAUCGACAUUCUACUAAAAAAAACUUCAGCUUCCGUACAAAACUGAUCAAUGCGACCGCAGCCAUGCAAGCUGCACUUGGAAUGGAAAACAUUGGACAUGUGCAUUAUCUCCCAAUCGUCCAUGAAAACUGUAUAUUUCUUCUAACCGUUCGAUUCGUCGAUUCAAAUUCACAAGUUCAAGUAAAUUUAUUUUAUUCAUAUUUCCAAAAAAACAAUUUCUGAUAUUUUUUCAGUGCCUUACACUUCGCUGGGUGACAUUUGACAAACUGUUACGGAAAAGAAUGCCAACGCCUGCCAUUGACACGUUGACAAAAGAAACUGUCAAUAUUCUCAAUUUCUUUGAAAGCAGUCAAAUUCCAUUGAAACGGUAUUUAUAUAUAUUUUUUGCUAUUCUCGACUAAAACCAAUAAUUGGAAAAUUUUCAGGGGAUUGUAUCUUUGCUAUUUGAAACUUCACUCUUCUUUGAAUUCCAUUAGAGUUGUAGUACCGGAUAAUUUACCAUCAAUUCUUCCAUUUGUUCAUGUUCGAGAUAAUCCACAUUUGACAAAAGAAGAGUGGCAAUGGAUCAAGGUAUUUUGAUGCUUAAAAAUUUGGUUGUAAAACAAACACAAUUUUUUACAGAGCACCGACUUGAAUGAAGAUUUUCGAGCAUCAAGAAGUCAAGUAGCAAUUCAUUCAAUGUUAUCAACUGCAAUUUCAACAUUGCUACAUGAUUUGGAUAUUGAUAAUGAUUUGAUGCCGGGACAUCGAUUUUAUCAUGCUGAAAUUAUUCAACCUGAUGAUAAUGUUUCGAUUGUGUUGGUAAGUGAAAAUAGUGUGAUAGUUGAGAAAACAUAGUUUUUGAAUAACAAUUUCACAGAUUCCUGAAAUUUUGAUUUAUUCUCAUUCAUUUCAAUAUUUUAUUUUUCUCAGAUUCUUCCAAGAUCGGACGAAGUUUGUUCAGCACCAACCGGAUCAACAAAAAACACUGACUACUUUGAACAAAAACGUGGAUGCUCGAGCAUCCCAAUCCCCGUUUUUGAAAUGAGUAUGUUUUCAAUUCUCCUGAACCCUCAAUUUCCAAAAAAAAAAUCAAAAUUUUCAGUUCAUCUUAACACCUAUCAACCAAUGUUUCUCACACUUUAUUGUCGAUUAUCAAUUUUCUUGGAGCAUUUCGUCAUGAUUUCUCAAUAUGAGCAACGUAAAUGUCUUUUGGAAAAUGACACCAAAAUUUACAAAAAUCAAACAGAAAUUCUUCAUGAGUUCCAGGUACAUUUUAUCAUCUGAAUUUAUUUCUCAAGUUUAGGAAAAAUAUUUUUUUAAACUGUUUUUUGCAGAAACGACUUGAUGAAAUUUGGCAGAAUUCACGUUGGAUUAGUCGAGUAGCUUUAGAAGCACGUGAUAAACAUGUCAAGUAAGAAACUAAGAAAACAUAAUGUAGAAUGAAAUUGAAAAAUGAAUAUUAUAGGGUUUCACGAAAUGCAGUGCCACUUGGAAGAUUGAUGGCGCCAUUGUUUAAUAAACUUGAUGACGAAAGCGGAUAUCAAAGUGAUAAGGAUUUGAAAACCAACAAUUUGCGCGUACAAAACAUUCUUACUACUCGACCAAAAUCGUUGUUGAAUUCGCCACAAGAAAGUUAUCGUGAUCUUGACAGGUUAGUUAGGCAAAAUGGAAAAAAUAUAACAUUUGAUUCAGUUUUGUAUGUAGUUUGUUACAAUGUUAUUUGUUUACAUUUUAUUAUUUAACCUUUUACUUUUUUUUGAAAACAAAAUGAAAUGACUUGCAGUUUUCAUUUAAUUUUAAAUUAGGUUAGAAAGGUUUUUUUUCAACACCUCAAAAUAAUUUUCAGUGAACUCAAAUGUAUUUCUCUCAUUUUUGAAAAAAAAAACUCUAAUUUUAGCAUGGAAAUAUGAUUUUGAAAAUAUAAUGUGAUUUUUUCUGUAAAUCAAAAAUUAGAAAAUAUUUUGAAUAAUUUAAUCAGCUAGCUAGCGAAAAAGAUUAUUGGGAUAAUCAAAUCUUGUCAUUUUUUAGAAUUUAAUUUGGAUAAAUUAGUUUCAAUGAAGACAAAAAUAACUUUUUGAUUAUCUGAAAUUUGAGAAACCGAAUAAAGAGUUGUUACAGUCAUGCUUUUAAAAAUAUAUGUUCCAAAAUUUUUUAUAAAUAAAUCCAAAAACUCAAAUAUGCAUUGAACAAUCCCUUUUGAAUUUCAGUAUGUAUCGCCGUCGAAAAAUAUCAGUUGAUGGUUCACAAAUUCCAUCAAGUAGUAAUGGAAUUGAUAAAAACUUGGUUCCUGAUCGACCAAUCACCAAAGAAGAAACAAAUUCCAGAGGAACUGUGAAUGUAACAGUUGGCUAUGAAUGUCCAUUAACAAAAGGAACAAAAAUUGCACUAUCGGUUUCUGGAAACACCACUGCUCAGGAGGUUUGAUUUAUUUCUUCAAACAUCAAACUCAAAAACUAUUUUUCCAGGUUGUGAGUCUAGUUUUGGAGCAAGUUGCAAAAUCAUCAGCUGGUGUUGAGCAAGAUAUUAUUCCUGCAGACAUCAAUGAUUUCUGUUUGAUUUCAGUGCUUGGUCAACGUGAAAGACGUCUCAAAAACGAGACAUCGGUUUUGAAAAUUCACCCAAAUUGGGCGAAAGGCAAUAUUCUUAUUCGAAGAAUUGACGAUUAUUUGGAUGACGAUUCCGAUCUUGGUAAUGAAUCACUUGUCUAA